AUGGCACUGCCUGCGUGUGCAGCCAGGGCGCUCGGGCCGCCGUUGCAACCGGAGCGAGGAGCGCCCGCCCGCACCACCUGUCCCCGCCGGCAUUCCAGAGUAGAGGCCGAAUUGGCAGCAAGCCGGCCCGGAUCAGUCGCCGCCUCAGUCCGCGCGGGCCCUCCUAGGGGUGUGUCUCGCGGAUUCAACUCCCAGCCGCUCCUGGACGAGCCCCUAAAGGCUGCUGCUUCUCUGGCGGGAGCCGCGCGCGCCCCUCUCUUCGCGUUACUGCUCCGAGGCCGCCGCAGGCGGAUGCACGACCUCAGGAGACGCUGGGACCUGGGCUCCCUCUGCCGGGCCCUGCUCACCCGGGGCCUGGCCGCCCUGGGCCACUCUCUGAAGCACGUGCUCGGCGUGAUAUUCUCCAAGAUUUUCGGUCCCCUAGCCAGCGUCGGGAACAUGGAUGAGAAAUCCAACAAGCUGCUGCUGGCUUUGGUGAUGCUCUUCCUAUUUGCGGUGAUCGUCCUCCAAUACGUGUGCCCCGGCACAGAAUGCCAGCUCCUCCGUCUGCAGGCGUUCAGCUCCCCGCUGCCGGACCCGUACCGCUCGGAGGAUGAGAGCUCCGCCAGGUUCGUGCCCCGUUACAAUUUCAGCCGUGGCGACCUUCUGCGCAAGGUAGACUUCGACAUCAAGGGCGAUGACCUGAUCGUGUUCCUGCACAUCCAAAAGACCGGAGGCACCACUUUCGGCCGCCACCUGGUGCGCAACAUCCAGCUGGAGCAGCCGUGUGAGUGCCGCGUGGGUCAGAAGAAAUGCACUUGCCACCGGCCGGGUAAGCGGGAGACCUGGCUCUUCUCCAGGUUCUCCACGGGCUGGAGCUGCGGACUGCACGCCGACUGGACCGAGCUCACCAGCUGCGUGCCCGCCGUGGUGGACGGCAAGCGCGACGCCAGGCUGAGACCGUCCAGGUGAAAUCUCAAAACCUCUGCAACGAGUGGAGAGAUAAUUAGCAGGGAACUUCUCCAGAAUCUGGUGCUUCAUCACAGAGCUACAGCACGAAUUAUGCUUUAGAGGGGUGUGCAUGGAUCAUGGUGAGAAGAGCCUGCAGCCCAGCGGGAUGGCCCCACCUGCCACGCAUGGCCAGCAUGGCCUUCCGGACCCUUCCUCCUCUUCACAUUCUGAAGUGGGCAUCAUUCCUGGAGGGUCAGGCUCUGGAAGGGCAUCUGUCACUUUACUUGAUUCUUGGCCUAUGGGGUUACAAGGAAUAUUUUGUAAAAUGUUUUUUAAUGACUAAAACAAACAAACAAAUAAAUAAAGAUGUUCAAUUUAGCAUAGAACAACUAUGGCUUGUACAAAACAAAUCACACUCAACUUUCCCCCAAAAGAGAAUGCCCAAACUCUCACAAGUUAUCACACCCAGCUCUAAAUUUAGGAUUAUUGACCCAUGUUGAUUCCUAAGUUCAACAUAAUCACAUACUGAUAUUCUGUAAUUUGUGGACUAAACUGUGAAGUUCAGUCACAACAUCCCCUAGAUAAGGGGACAAGGUGAAGAGGGUACAUUAACACAUCUAGAACACACAGAUAUUUCAAAAUGAGGAAAAUAGAAAAUAUAAACAACUAUUUCCAUGUUGUUUCUGUAACUAGCCACAAAGUUAUAGUUGGUAUUUAUUAAUAUGACUUCUUUCUUCCAUUACUUAUUCCAUUUUCUCUUGCCCUCAGUCAGUUUCUCAGCUAUUGAAUUCUCUUUACCCAAUGGGCAGAGGUAAAUCUUCAUUACUCAGAGGUUUGAGCUUUCAGUGGUCUUGCCUAUGUGAUGUGGCUGUAAUCUUUCAUUAACUUUGACCACUGUAUAUUCCAGUUUCAAGAGGAGCCACCGAGUUUCAGACUUAAUCCUUCCUGCAUGCAUUGUGUAAGAGAAUGCAUCCCCUUGAUGAUCAGGAUCAAUCACAGCAAUCAAACCCAUAUUUUGCCUGCUGGCCCAGUGAUGCAUGAAGCUCGAAUGGCUAGGUUGCAGUCUCAACAAUCUAUUCAUUGAAUCACUGUUAUUUCUACUGGUAGACUGAUAAUCAGAGUUUUAAAUCAGCAGAGGCCAAAAUCAAGAGGAUGUGAAGGAAAUACUUGCAAAUGGAGGUUGAAUAGGCAGUUCACCAUUUUAGAUAAUGGAGGGUAAGGUAUGACCAGGGUGAAUUCUUUUAACUCUUUUUUGCCUUUUUCUGUAAAAGGAGUUCCUUAGUCAGAAGCAGUGUUGUGUGGGAUAUCAUAAUUGUAUGUCGGCAAGAGUGGUGCUGGCUGCAGUGUUGCAGUUAGGGAAGGCAAGUCCAUAUUCCAGCCCCUUCUAUCAUGGAACAGGUCCAAUGUAAUUAACCUGCCACCAGAUGGAUGGUUGGAACCGUCCUCCCAGAAGGAAAUGGCACCUAUCAUGAGUUUGGUAUUGGCCUCUGCUAUUGGCAAGUUGGGGUUGGACACUCAACUGAUCUGAUAACUACAUCAGCCUGGGUGAGGGGCUGCCCAUGUAAUUGAGCCUAUGAAGAGCCUCUGUCCCUGCAACCAUGGCCACUUUGUAUGUGAGCCACUGAGCAAGACUCAGGGUGGGGCUGGCUGACAUUCGUAGGUAAGUCGCCUUGUUUACAUGAUUAUUGAGAGCCUUAAUCACAGCUAACAUGCUCUGUUGGGCAUUUAUAUGAAGCACAAAUGUACUCACACUCUCUGGCCCUUCCUAGAGGUCCAGCUACAUAUUACUCCUCCCAAACCUUCUUGUCACCAGUACUACAAAUUAUUUUCUUUCCUAGUUCCUGAACAUCAGACAGUGUAGGGCCAUACCUGAGGCCAUUUCUCCUUCUAAGCAAAUUGAACAACCAGAUAUACCAAUCUUCAGGGAAGAUUUUACUUUUGCACUGUCUUUCUCGGCCUACUCCUAUGUGGGGCCGGACUGCUGCAGCGAUAUGCUUCUGGCUGGUGCCCUAAUGUCACACAAAGCUGUACUUCAGUAGAUUCCUGACUGAGUAAGGACGUCCAUCCUCACCAGUUUGGUGGGAGGGCCUGAAAGGAACAAAAAGGCAAAGGGAGAAUUCUCUCUCUUUUUGAGCCGGGACAUCGAUCUUUUCCUACCCUCAAACAUUUGGUGGUGGUGCUGGUUCCUGGGCCUUUGAACUCCAGGAUUUAUACCAGCACCCCUGGUUCUCAGACUUAGGACUUGGACUGAAUUAUACCACUGGCCUUCCCGGUUCUCUAGCUAGCUGACAGCAGACUGUGGAAGUUCUCAACCUCCAUAACUGUGUGAGACAAUUUCUAUCAUAAAUCUUUUCA